GAGCAGCACUGAGUAAAGCAGUAAGUGUGCCUAUACAUACUUAACAUUUCUUUUUGUCACUGGUGAGUUUCAAACUGUGGAGAGUAUACUUUCCUUCUGUAUCUUCAGUUCAUCAGUUGAAAUUGAUAUUCCAGGAGAUUUUGACUGGUAAGGUAUUGGUUUGCAUUUUCUGACCUGCAGGUUGCCUUGUACUUCAUUACAAUCAGGUUGUUUUAUCAACGGUAUUUGAGUCAAGACUCCCUUUCAGUACUGAAUGCUGCUAGGUAGUGAUGCUCUGUCAAUAGUAGUUUUCACAAACAUCGUACUCUUUCUUGAUUACCACUUACUUGAGAAAGAAGGAGUAGCUUUUGGCGUUACCUCAAGGAUUGCCUCAUCAGAGGCCUGUCUCUGGGCAAGUUUUGUUAUGUAGUACUCCUUUUGAACAUAUUACUGUAUGUGAAGAAGUGAGUAUGCAAAAAUUCUGAACUUUGAAAGGUAGACUCUCUUGUUAGUGUAGCUUAAGUGUGCUUUGACCUUUUACCAGUUGAUAAGAUCUUGCAGGAAAUCUCCUUUCCAGUUUAUAUAGACGUUGAUACAAAUCGGGGUUUGAUGGCCAGAUGUGGUAACUGUCUCGUAUAGUCAGUUGUGUGGUACAGAGAUGUAAGUGCUGUGACAGGUGGAAUACAUUUAAUCUUAGCUCAGGUGACAAUAAUUGUCUGUAGGCUGUCUCUGUUCUUAAUACCUGUAGAGCUGCUGCUGCUAGAGCACCUUCAUGUUUUCUUGACAGUCUGUAUAUGCUUUGGAUAAUAGUCCUUCGAUCCUGAAUGACCUGAGGACUCUUAGACACCUUAGUCCCAGAGUCUUUUGUCAGUAGGAAAGUGUUGUUGGUAUAGAACAUUGCUUGAUGUCACCCAUAGUGUAAAUUUGUAUAUAGACAAGAAAAACGUGUUUCUUAUGUGUAACUGUUGUUCUUUGACCUGUGUUCUCUGUGUGUUCAAGACUCACUCUUCUGUAUUUGUUCAUUGGAGUGCCUGAAGGAGUCUUUGAGUUUUUCUCAGUCUCUGACAUCCUAAGAGGGGUAAGGGCUGGCUUUUUAGGGCUGCCUACAAAGCAUACAGAUGUCAUAGUCUUGUAAGUACACCCCUUUGGAUAUUAUUGAGGAAAAAAAUUGUCUUGCUUUCACGAUUUAAAUGGAUGUAUUUGCAAUGAAUGUGGAAAAAAAGCCACAUAAAGGUAACAGAAGAGUAACAAUUACAAAUAAACAGAUCUUUUAAUGAUUAAACUGAUCUUCGAGACUAAAGAAAUUUACAAGAUUUCCAUUUGUAUGGAAACGGAGUUCUUUUUAUGUAAAUGAAUUAUGGAAGAGGUAUAAAGAUGCAUACUUCAGCAAGUAAGAUAAAUCUAUAUCCAGUAAUAACAAAGGGCUUUCUGAAUUUGUCACCCUAACUCAUAUCAGUCUAAAAUUAAUUUACUUUCCUCUGAAAAUACCUGAUAUUUGCAUCUAUCAAAAAGAAAUAACUGAUCUAGAUGGCCCAUAGGUCUAGCAUGCAUUAUGUUAAUUCCUAAGUUCUACAUUAUUAAAUCAUACCAUGAAAUGUGUUCAGGGAAGCUUACAAUCAAGUAUGUACUUAAAAAUCAGUUUAAUUGAAGACUGUAAGCAUUAACUUCUUAUCAUGUGAUUAUGGUAUUUUAAUCGGCAGUAGACUUAGAGUGCUUUAGAUAAAAAUCUCUUAUCUUUUUGUGUUUGGAUUUCUUUGAAAUGUAAUUUCAACUUUACAUGUGCUGGUUUUAUAAUAUUUAAUAUUAAUGUGUCAGCAUCCUGAAGAUGAAUAAGGUGGGCUUAAGAGUACAUAUCAGUAAUAAGCUUAAUAUUAGUGUUGUCGCUUGAUGAAAUCUAAUAGCAUAGAACCUACAUAGCAAUUCUUGUUAAAAACUUUUCUUUCGUUUGUCAUGGUCAGUUGUUGUAGUUGUUCAUAGCCUUUAUUCAUUCCUGAAGUUUUGCUCAGAGUAGAUUUUUACUUGGUUGUUCUUUACUGAAAACUUGAAUACGAAGGUGUUAGGUUGUUUUAUAAAUUGUAAAUGUAGGAGUAGAGAGGCAUUGGAGAUCACAAGUAUUUUAUUUAUUAUUUUGGGGUGUCUUUAAAUGGUUGGGCAACCCAACAGCUUUAACAUUCAAAAAUUUGUCAGCUUUGCAGUCCCAAAUAAGGAAUGUACACUUUGUCUGGUUUGAAUAAUCAAUUGUAUAUGAAAUGUGAAAUGCUACUUUUAAAAUCCAGAAAAAAAGAGUUAAAUUGUGAUGCUCACCAGCAGAACCUAGGUAAGUUUUGUAGAGAGAUCUAAUUUUAUUAGACUAGCUGAUAAUAGGUGGAAAAGGCAGACUAGCUUUUGAGCAUAUAAUGCUUUCUUCUGCAGCAAACAUCAGGAUAAGUGCAGUUUGAAAACAUCUGUGUUACAUUCGUGUUAACUGAGGCAAUUUGAAGGGAAAAGGCUAUCUCUAGUGUAUGAAGAGAUGCUUGGAAGGAGAGAGAUUGUAAAGCUGUGAAGCAAGUCGUUUGUAUGCAAUGCAAACAGGAAUGAAGAUUGAUAGUAAAACCCCAGAAUGCCGUAAAUUUUUAUCCAAGCUUAUGGAUCAGUUGGAAGCUAUGAAAAAGCAAUUUGGUGAUAAUGAAGCAAUUACUCAGGAAAUUGUUGGUUCUGCUCAUGUGGAGAAUUAUGCUUUGAAAAUGUUUUUGUAUGCAGACAACGAAGACAGAGCUGGGCAGUUUCAUAAAAACAUGAUAAAGUCCUUUUAUACUGCAAGUCUCCUGAUAGACGUUCUAACAGUAUUUGGGGAGCUCUCUGAAGAGAAUGCCCAGCACAGGAAGUACGCCAGGUGGAAGGCAGCAUACAUUCAUAACUGCUUGAAGAAUGGGGAGACUCCUCAGCCUGGGCCUAUUGGAAUGGAAGGAGAGAGCUUCGCAGAUGUUGAAAGGGAAGAAGCAGGGUCAUCUUCUCUCCAUAGUGGAACGACUCAACCAACAUCAUCAUCUACGUAUGAAGCUAACAACAUACCAACUAGUAAUUACACUGGCAUACAUAUACCACCAGGUGCCCAUGCACCAGCCAACACUCCAGCUGAAGUUCCUCAUAACACAGGAGUGACAAGUAACACCAUUCAGCCUGCUCCUCAGAAUAUUCCUCUAGUCGAUCCUUCCCUUUACAGUGCUCAGUCUGCAGGGGAAGUCCGUUUGACUCCAGAGGACUUUGCCAGAGCUCAAAAAUAUUGCAAAUAUGCUGGCAGUGCUUUGCAAUAUGAAGAUGUGAGCACUGCUGUGCAGAAUCUACAGAAGGCCCUCAAGUUACUGAUUACAGGCAGAGAAUGAAGCCUUUAUCCAAUAGAUUCACGUCUUUUGCCUAAAGAACUAACAGCUUAUUACUGUACCUGUUAGGGGAGUGGAGUUACACAGAAGUUCUCAAUCCCAUCACCCAUGACAAUGAAAUCCCUGUUUCAGUGUCAGAUUAGCAAUUAAUGGUACAGUAGGAAUCUCUGUUUUCAUUUUACAAACAGUGGAGCUAGAAACAUACGAAUGCAGUGGCUUGAUGUAGGCAAAAUACUGAAGAAAGUACUGUGAACACUGCUCAAGAGUUAGAAUUCAUCUUGCAAUAUUUAGAUUAUCGGAAUGGGAAAAUGCUGAAUCUGUAAAAAACUUGAGCAUAAGAAUGUUCUGUUAAAAUUCUUACUCUGAUUUUAUUAUUUCAAACAGUUAUUUAAUAAGUAUAAUAGCUUUAAAAUGGUAACUAAGAUUAGCGCUUUCCUCCUGAAAUGAGAGCAUGUGAGAAGGCUGACAGAUCCACAAUGGGAAGGACUUUUUUCUAUACAUAAAUUAUUUGGGUAUUAUCUGAGACAUAAGUCAAAGUUGAGGGAGACUUGAGGACAUUUGUAUUUCAUUUUAAAACAUGCUGGAAAAAAGAUCUCUUGACACUUCAGAGAAAGUCAUUUUCAUGGUGUUCCAACCCAAUCCCCCACAACUGUAUGAACGGCUACAUGUGUUCUUGAUCAUUGGUUCUUGCUCCUUUUGUGUGAACACUUACAAUUUUGUAUAUGUUUGGGUAAUUGAGAGAAAGUACUAAUAUUUAUCAGAGAUGAUCCUAAAACCGGAGGCAGAGAUUCUAAACAACAUGAACUUUUAGGGCAAUUUACUUUGUAGCUGUUCUGUCUUUUUAAGAGGCUGAAAAAAAGGCCUGUUCUUUACCUGUUAAAGCAGUAUAGGUUCAUCUCUGGUAUUAGUGUCAUAGAGCUUCAUAUUUCCAGCUAAUAUUCUUCCUGUCUGCUUUGUUGUGGAGACUUUUUGGACUUGAGAUUUAAUUAAAAUAUCUUGGAAACUGAA